GACCCUGCAGGUGCAACUGUGAUUUUUCAGUAAUGUGCAGUGCAGUCGCAUCAGCAGAAGCGGUACGGUAGGCUGCAGCAGCGUCCCCGACGCGCCGCGGCUACCCAUCUUCAAACAUCAGCAAUCUAACGGAUUGGUUUGCAGAGAGCUAAAGUGUCUGUACUCUGAGAAGAAUAACACAGCGCUGCUGAUCACCGUUCGGGCACAACCGAGCGAGCCUGCCGUCAUGGCCUCGUCAGUGAGUGGAACGGAGGAAGUGCGCGGGUCGGCGUUGACGCCCCUGAAGUUGGUGGGCUUGGUGUGCAUCUUCCUCGCGUUGUGCCUGGACGUCGGGUCUGUGUUGAGCCCAGCGUGGGUAACCGCGGAUGAUCAGUAUUACCUGUCUCUUUGGGAGUCGUGCUGGAAGCCUGUUACCUCGGAAACCUGGCAGUGCAGCACCACAUUGGAGACGGACUGGCAGAUCGCCACACUGGCCUUGUUGCUUGGCGGAGCAGCUCUCAUUCUUCUCUCGUUCUUGGUGGCUUUGGUGUCAGUUUGUAUUGGAUCAAGGAGGCGGUUCUACAGACCUGUUGCUGUGAUGCUGUUUGCUGCAGUGGUCUUUCAGGCGUGCAGCUUGGUCCUCUACCCCAUCAAGUUCAUCGAGACCAUCAGCUUGAGAAUAUACCACGAGUUCAACUGGGGCUACGGCCUCGCCUGGGGUGCCACCAUCUUCUCUUUCGGAGGGGCCAUCCUGUACUGCCUGAAUCCUAAGAACUAUGAAGAUUACUACUAAUCUCGCUUGAUGACUCGAAUGCCUUCAGCACACCCCCUGGUGUUCUCCACUAUCUGUGACAAUAGCGGCUCAUGCACUGAACUGUUAGUUUUCUCCCCCUCUUUGCUGAACUGAUGCUGAUUACCUUAUGAACACAUAUGCACGCACCUACACGUAAAGACACACACACAAAGACACGCACAGGAUCACACACAGAAUGCACAGAAAAGUGCUGACUUCACUAAUGUGUGGACUUUGAUGAGGAAGUGAGAGUGUAUUUUCCAGUUUCCCAUUUGUCAGUUCCAAUCAUCUUCAAUCUAUCUUGUUCAUAUCAUCAUUCUAUUAAGUCAUUAUCAUUCUCUAAAUCAAUCAUUCAAUUAAAACGUAUCAUUCCACACA